GUCACUCUAAGAAGUGCUGUAAGAAUUACCUGCUGUCAAUAUUAUAAAAGUUCCAGGUGCAAAAGAUUUUCGUGAAUUUCAAAAAUGGAAAAACUUUUCGAAUUAACCAUUGGAAUUUUCGGGGUAUUAUGUUGCCUCCGAUUUGGUUCCACAGAUUUUACAGAUGUAGACUGGUGUAAGGACAAUCCAGAUUUAAACUGCUGGCGAUACAUGGACAGCAAAUGUGAAGGAUUUUAUGAGGACUGGGCGAGACAAAACUGUCCCUACCGCUGCGGCUAUUGUCCAACUAAACCCCCUUGUGAGGACACUGAUACUUCCUGUCAUGCGUACCACAUGGAAGCUUGUUCAGAUGAAAAUACCCGGGCUUACAUGAGAGAACAUUGCAGAAAGAGGUGCCACCUAUGUCAUUACCCCGGGGAUGAUAGCCCGCCAAACACACCCCCACCUGGAACUCCUGUCCCAACAGACACCAUGGUGAAACCAGCUGUUGGAAAAUGAUGUUAUUUCAGUAUGACAAGCUAGUAAAUUAAUAAAGAAAUGAUUUGAUAUGAAA